AUGGCACAACAAAAUGACUCCAAAGCUUCAGACCCUGAAGCUCACUCCGUGGCCGACCCGAUGACCACUCAAUCAGGUUCUGAUGGUGCGGCCAAGGACGCUGGCACAGACACAGCGUCACCCUACGGGACUCGCUCUCGUAACAGGACGGGCACCUCGCGCCCCAACUACGCUGAGGACAAGGACAUCGACACUGAUGUCUACGACUACUAUCACGACAAGAAGGACCACGACUCCAAAAAGUCGUCGCGACAGGCCAGUGCCGCCGCGAACGGUGAUGCGCCGCCUCGUGGCGGUGCCAAUUCACGUAAGGCUGGCACGGACGAGGCCAAAGCCGGGCAAUCUGCGAAUGCCUCCAAGGAGCAGCAGACAGGCGCUUCAAGCAAUGCGUCCACCACCACUCACUCAACGGGACCUUCGCAGCCUACACGAAAGCGCAAGGCCGCAAACCAGUCGGCAGGGUCCACCGGCCAAGGCGCCUCCGCUAAUGGAUCGUCCAAGAAGGCGACGACGGCCUCUGGACCGACCACGGGCAUUUCGUGGCCCGAAACCAACAUGUUGACUUUUGACGACUGCAAGGCACGACCCGUCGACGGGCGGAUGGUGGCCGACGAUGGCACGGUGCUGGAAGCAAAUGAUCAUGUGUACCUUGUCUGCGAGCCACCAGGAGAACCAUAUUACCUGGGCCGCAUCAUGGAGUUCCUCCACGCGCAGAAUGACACGAGCAAGCCCGUGGACGCAAUCCGCAUCAACUGGUACUACCGGCCAAAGGACAUUGGGCGAAAGGCCCCGGACACGCGCUAUGUGUUUGCGACGAUGCACUCAGACAUCAGCCCGUUGACUGCGCUCCGCGGCAAGUGUCAGAUUCGCCACAAGGCUGAGAUCCCCAGCCUGGACGCCUACCGCAAGACGCCCGACAGCUUCUGGUACGACAAGCUGUAUGAUCGGUACAUCCAGAAGAACUACGACCUGAUCCCCACGCGCUCGAUUGUCAACGUCCCUGCCAACGUGAAAAAGGUGCUCGACGAGCGCUGGAAAUACGUGCUAGUUGAGCAGGGGCGUGGCAAGGAGCUCACUAGCGCCGUUAAGCUCUGCAGGAGAUGCACCGGCUAUUGCGCCAGCAACGAUUCGGUUGACUGCGCCGUGUGUCAAAACACGUAUCAUAUGAAUUGUGUUAAGCCGCCCCUGCUCAAGAAGCCCUCGAGAGGAUUCGCCUGGUCUUGCGCUGCGUGCAGUCGCGCGCAGGAGAGGAAGCUGGAGGCUCGCAACACCCCUAAUGUCAAUGACCCCAGCUUUGACGGCGAAGAUGACGACUUCUUGGAUGAGGAGGAUGAGGAGAUGCAGGGAGUCGACACAGGCCGCACUAGCCCCGACGAGGACAACCAUGGACCCCACGAGGGAACUGCCGAACAGAUCUACCAGGCAAGCCUUUGGCCUUAUAGAUACUUGGGCAUGCACUGCAAACCCGAGGAUGCCCUCGAUUACGACGACAGAAUCUACCCUCGCGCAAGCACACGAAUUGGCCCACGCCACCAGGCCAAUGUUCUGCCAUGGCCCGGAAAGCCUGUGGAGUAUGUCAAGCCGCCUGAGACCAAGAAAAAUGGCAAGAAGGAUACCAAGUCGAAGGAGGCACAGGCCGCUCUAGAAGCUGACAAGGCCUGGCGCGGAAAGCGACCGAAGUGGAUUCAGGACAUGCCUCCUGGCUAUACCGUCCGAGGCGAGGAUCAUGACGAGGAUGAUCCCAAGUGCACGUCAAAGCGACUUUGGAUGCCCCCUUCAGAAGAUGUCAUUUCUAGCGACGAAAUUAACGCGUAUAUGGAGAAGGCCAAGGCGAUGGCCAAGGGACUCGGACUACCGGAACGAUCAACCAACCUCGAGGACGUUGCCGCAAACACCCUGUUCCGCACCGAUUACGACACAAAACGUGCAAUCAAACUUGUCCCCGAGACAGAAAAGGCGGCAUUCAAGGAACCCGAAUUGACCCCAACAGAAUUGAAGAGGUUUGAGGAGGCAGUCGUCAAGUACGGAUCUGAACUGUACCUUGUCAAGAGGCAUGUCAAAACCAUGCCUUUUGGCAUGGUCACUCGUUUCUACUAUACCUGGAAGAAAUCCGAGCGUGGUAAACAGGUUUUGGCCAACAUGUCGGGCCGAAAGGGCAAGAAGGAGGCCAAACGGGCCGAGGCUGCUGCUAGCAAGCUCGCCGACGAUGUUGCAGACAAUGACGACGACUCGGCUUUCGAUGCGGAGAAAGCGAACCAGAAGAAGCGUGGUUUCGUGUGUCAGUUCUGCUCUACGACGAACUCACGCAGCUGGCGACGUGCACCAAACCCGAUUCCCGGACUCGUCAAUGAGAACGGCUCGAAGAACGCGAACAAGGACAAGGGCGGCGAGCGCGUUGUGGCUCUAUGCCGCCGAUGUGCGGAGCUUUGGCGCAGAUAUGCCAUUCGAUGGGAGGACAUGGAAGAGGUGGCCAAGAAGGUGGCUCAGUCUGGUGGUCGUGCCUGGAAGCGCAAGCAGGAUGAAGAGCUGCUCAAGGAGCUGCAGGCUGCCAAAGACUUGGGCAUGAUGACACCUGAACGGGCGCCGACUCCCUCGACAACUACUUCGACGACCAAUGGACAAGAACCGCCGCGCAAGAAGCUCAAGACUGCCCCCUCAGACAAGGAUGCCGACAACAAUCACUCGGACGCGGCCAGCGUGGCGGGCUCUACCGCAUCGAAGAAGAAGGACAAGAGCGUGGAAAGGGCGGCAGCGCCCGAGAUGCCCAAGCCCAGAGUGCUACCUUGCGCUGUAUGCGGUCAGAUGGAGCCACAAGGCGACCAACGCCUGUCUUGUCGCGAGUGUCGCCUGACUGUGCACCGCAAUUGCUAUGGCAUCAUGGAUAACCGCAACCCUGAGAAAUGGACCUGCGAUAUGUGUGCUAACGACAAGAACCCCCAGGUUUCGACACACUACAAGUGUGUCCUGUGUCCUGUUGACUACACUGAGUACGACUUUGUGGAACAACCAAAGCUCACACACCACAAGAAGAAGAUGUCGGAAAAGGAUCGCGAGAGGGAACGUCAGGAUGUCCAGAAAGCCCGAAAGGCGGCCGAGUUCUACCGCAAGAAGCAGGAGGAGAUGAAUCGACCAGUCAAUCCUCGUGAGCCUCUCAAACGAACCGCCGACAACAAUUGGGUUCACGCAACCUGCGCAGUCUGGACACCAGAAGUCAAAUUUGGCAAUGCUAAGGCCCUAGAGCCUUCAGAAGGGAUUCCCUCAAUCCCCAGGAGCAAGUACGACGAGGUUUGCCAGGUUUGUAACAAAAAGGACGGCGCUUGCGUCUCGUGCCAUCAAUGCCGUAUACCAAUGCAUGUGGAAUGCGCACGGCAGCAGGGACACGUUCUCGGCUUCGACAUUACUCCCGUGAAAAGUUCCCGUCGGGACCAAGUCACGACUGUGACAAUCGGCGGAGAGAGUGGCACAAUGUCGGCGACCGUUUGGUGCAAGGACCAUGCUCCAGCGAAGACGACGGUUCAUCGUAUGCACGAUAUUGUCAACGAGUCGGGGCUCAAUGCUCUGCAGCUCUACGUCCAAAACUUUAAACAGGCCGAUCUCACAUUGACGGGUACCGUCCGCAAGGCCAAUCUGAUGACGACUGCAGCCAAAAUGACGGGAACAACGACUCAACCUGGGCUACGGCGGUCGUCAACGACGAAUAUUCCUGCAGGCGGAUGGAGCCAGCAGCGCAGUGGGGAGACUGAGGACGUCGCCUUGGACGCCAGACAACCGGGAGAGAAGGUCUGCAUCACCUGCGGCAUCGAUGUCAGCCCCAAGUGGUGGCCAAUUGACAAUUCUCAAGAGCGCGAACUCACCAAUGGGCACUAUGGCACUCUUGGAAGUGAGGCACAGAAGUUUGUGGAACAGAGGCGAUUCCAAUGUCACAAGUGCCGCAAGGCCCAGCGGACCGCGAAGCCACAUGCGCCGCGGCGAUCUCCUCCAAUGGUGGAGAUGGCACUUCCGCCAGCGCCAGCGCCAGCUCCAGCACCAGCACCAGCGCGAGAGCCCAGUGUGCCAGCGGCCGUCAACCCUCUACACAGCCCGCCACAAGCCAUGCCCGGCCACCGAGAACCGCACCCUGCUACUUACGCCUGGCCGUCUCAUGUCCCCCCUCAGACAGCGCCUCCUCCAAUGCAGGCUCCAGCUCAUGUCGCAGACCAUGCUCUUGGGGCCCGGCCACCACCAGCUCCCCACGGAUACCCGGCUCCACCGCCGCCGAGAACCUCAUUUAACGACUGGGGAGCCCGACCUGGAAGCCAGCACGGAUCGCCUCCUCGGCAUCUCAAUGGAGGACCUCCCCCCCUUCACAACCCGCCGCACCUCUCGUCCCUGCGACCCCCACCGCUGUCGGGUCCUCCGCCUCCUGCACCGCUGCCCGUAAACCACCACGGGUCACCGCCCUAUGUCAAUGGACUUCCCCCGUCUCCUCGAAGACUCAACGGACCGGCGCCGCCAUCGCGAUAUGUGCAUCCGUACCAGUCCCAUGGACACCACGGUCCCCCGGCACAUCUACCGCCGCCAAACAUGAGCAAUGGAGCGCCCCCGCCUCCGCCGCCGAGGAAUGACGGAUUUGCUCAUGGCCUACAUCCGCAGAGAACACCAUUCUCAGCGCCUCAUGCGAGCCCGCCCGGUUCUCGAAGUGGGCUUCCUCCACCACACGAGCCUCCAGGAUCGGCGGGUUCAAUCAGCCAGCGGCAACCGGAGAGCCGACCGAUGAAUGGAGCAAGUGCUAGUCCUUCAUUGCGAAACCUACUAUCGUGA